UUUAUCAAGUGUGCGAGGGUUGAAACAUAUUAAAGCAUGCUCUCUGGGCUUUUCUUCAUCAUCCAAACUAUUUUAUCAACUCAACUUCCCUUUUCCUACUUUUUUUAUUAUUUUCUUGCCUUAUUCCAUCUUGCAAUCAUGGACUACAACACUUGCUUUCAUCUUCUUUUAGCUUUAUUUAUACCAUGUUCCGUACUUUGCUUGGCUAUGACAGUCAAGAAUCUCAACUCCAAUCAGUUUGCACUUCUCAAGUUCAAGGAUCGCGUUGCCGGUCCUCAAAAUGACAUGGCAAACAAUUGGACAGCCUCAACCUCUGUUUGCAAUUGGAUUGGUGUUUCUUGUGGCAUCCUCCAUAAAAGAGUUAUAGCUUUGAAUCUUACAAGCAUGAAUCUUAGGGGUACUAUCCCUCCACACCUUGGAAAUCUUUCAUUUCUACUCUCUCUCGACUUGAGUAGCAACCAUUUCUAUGGCCAUCUCCCUAAAGAAUUGGGCCAAUUGCAUCGUUUGAGGAUCCUUCAAUUAAGCUACAACCGUCUGAAUGGGGAAAUUCCAUCAUGGCUUGGGAACUUACAGAGAGUUCGAAGGCUGGAAAUGAAAAAUAAUAACUUUACAGGCACAAUCCCUGAAACACUUGUUAACAUGUCUAAUCUAGAGAUCUUGAACUUGGGAUUCAAUCAAUUAUCUGGUCAGGUUCCAUCUUCCAUCUUCAAUAUUUCUUCUCUGAAGAUUAUUACUCUCUCCGGUAAUAGCUUAUCAAGUAGUUUGCCUAAUGAUAUGUGUCAACAUCUUCCCAAGCUUAAAGGGCUUUACUUGAGUUGGAAUGAAUUUUCUGGUAACAUUCCAUCAAGUAUAGACAAAUGCAACAAUCUUAAAAAUUUGUCAUUGUCCUAUAAUCAAUUUGUGGGAAUCAUUCCGAGAAGUAUUGGAAAUCUGUCAAGACUUGAAGAAUUAUAUUUAGGGUUUAAUAACCUAGAAGGUCAAAUUCCGAAGGAAAUUGGUAAUCUUCUUAGUUUGGAAAUGCUUAGUAUUCAAGCAAUUAAAGGUCUUACAGGUCCGAUUCCAUCUCCCAUCUUCAACAUUUCUUCUCUGAAAGCUAUUGGUCUCUCCGAAAAUAACCUAUCAGAUAGUUUGCCUAAUGAUGUGUGUCAACACCUUCCCAAGCUUGAAGGGCUUGACUUGAUUUCGAAUGAAUUAUCUGGUAACAUUCCAUCAAGUAUAGGCAAAUGCAACAACCUCAGAAUUUUGUCACUGUCCAUUAAUAAAUUUACGGGGAUCAUUCCAAGAAGUAUCGGGAAUUUGACACAACUUGAAGAAUUAUAUUUGGCGUUAAAUAACCUGGAAGGUAAUUUACCAUCUAUGACCAAUGCUCUAAAGCUUGAGUAUCUUAUAUUGAGGGGAAAUAAACUUAGCGGAAACAUUCCCAACUCAAUCUCCAAUGUUUCCAUGCUUAAGUUUCUGGACUUGGUAGAUAACUUAUUCUCUGGCCCAAUCCCUAAAACGCUUGGCAACUUAAGACACCUUGAACGGCUCCAAAUCAUGAACAAUAAUUUGAUCACAGGAUCUGCUGAUCAUGAGUGGACCUUUCUUUCUUCUUUGACAAAUUGCAGGCAUUUGAGAAAAAUAGUUGUUUCAGGAAAUCCACUGAGUGGCGUUCUUCCUACUUAUAUUGGGAACCUUUCGACAUCCUUGCAACGUUUUUAUGCUGACCAUUGUGAGCUUGAAGAAUUUGGAUCAACUGGAAUUGUUUCUAUAAAAUGUGAUGUAUAUAGUUAUGGGAUCAUCCUUAUAGAAACUUUCACAAAGAAAAAGCCAACUGAUAAUCUUUUUGCUGAAGAAGUGACUAUAAGGCAUUGGAUGGAAUGUUCAUUGCCGAAAGGAGCAAUAGAAAUUGCGAUCUUGAUUUAUUAA